AAAUCAUCACCUUAAUAUCCCAAAGAACCAGGAAAUCCCUCCACCCCUAAACCCAAACGCCCCAAAAAAUGGACCUCAUCGAGCACAAGUUCGUCGAGACCAACGGCGGAUUGAAGCUCCACGUCGCCCAAAUCGGCACAGGAGACAAAGUGGUCCUCCUGCUCCACGGCUUCCCGGAGAUAUGGUACUCGUGGCGGCACCAGAUGCUCGCCCUCGCCGGAGCGGGUUACCGGGCCAUCGCGCCCGACUACAGAGGGUACGGGUUAUCCGACCCGCCCCCGAAACCCGACGAGGCCACGUUCAUCGACUUCGCCGCCGACGUGGCGGCCGUCCUCGAUUCCCUCCAGAUCCCGAAGGCGGCGGUCGUCGCCAAGGACUUCGGCGUCUACGUCGCCUCGAGAUUCGCGUUGCUGUACCCGGAAAGAUUGCAGGGGAUGGUGACGCUCGGGAUCCCGUUCACUCCCCCCGGUCCCGGCGCGUCGGCUAUACUCGCCCUCCUCCACGAAGGCUUCUACGCGCGCCGAUGGAUGGAGCCGGGGAGAGCUGAAGCUGAUUUCGGACGGUUUGAUGCGAAGACGGUGGUGAGGAAGAUCUACGUCCUCUUCGCCGGAACGGAGCUGCCGACGGCCGCCGUCGAUCAGGAGAUCAUGGAUUUGGUGGGGGCGUCGCCGGAUCUUCCGGCUUGGUUGACGGAGGAAGAUCUUUCGACUUACGGCGAUUUGUACCAGAAAUCUGGGUUCCAAACUGCGCUGAAGGUUCCCUACAGGUCGAUAGAGGAAUCGGCCGACGUGACAGAUCUAACCGUGAGAGUUCCGGCGAUGUUGAUCUUGGGGGAUAAAGAUUACGUGAGAAAGUCUCCAGGAUUUGAAGAUUACGCGAAUUUUGGGGUGAAACAUUUCGUGCCCGAUUUGGAGAUAGUGCAUUUGAGUGAAGGUAGUCAUUUUGUUCAGGAGCAACUUCCUGAACAAGUGAACGAGCUGAUACUAGGGUUCCUCGGAGCUCGAAUUUGGUCUUGAUUUGAGUUUUCUUUUGGACGAUUUGGUUUCGUUAAUGAUAGUGCAUCUUGAUGUCAUGAAAUCUCUUGUGUUGUACACUUUUU